CGGAAUCAGCGUGGGCCUGGCAUUCAGGUUUGGUUGCAAAGAAAGCUUUCCACCGCGGUUUGAACUCGCUCACAGCUGAGCUGAGGAGACAUCAGGACGGAGACCAUAUCCUACCACACCUCUUCUUCUUUGAGCUGCCUUUUCAACUGCUGGAUACCAGCGGGAACUAUUUGUAACCGGCCAAUUUGAAUUUAUACUUUAUCUUUAAACGGAAUGGAUUUUGAAAAGACCUAACCUGGAUGUUUUGCUGCAUAAGUGUUUUUAACAUCGUGCUGGUGGAGUUUCCCAACUUUUGAAGAAGUCACAUUCAGUCUUUCAGGAGGGGAACUAACUUGAAGCUGAAAUGGAUCAAGCCAGCGGUGGGGAGGACCCAAAUAAACCCUCUAAAAAGAAGUCCAAUGAGGAUGAGGGUAAAAACAAAAAGCUGAACAUACACAUAAAAACAUUGGCUGAUGAUAUGCGUGAUCGUAUUACCAGUUUCAGGAAAACGGGAAUGAAGAAGGAGAAGCCCCUUAUACAGCACCCUACAGAUCCCCUCUCUACUCAGGCUGAACUGCCUGUUCCUCAGCCCCUUUUUGAUGACCGCUCAAUGAACCUCUCAGAAAAGGAGAUCAUUGACCUCUUUGAGAAGAUGAUGGAGGACAUGAACCUGAAUGAGGAACGCAAAGCUCCUCUACGCGGAAAGGACUUGAGUACCAAGCGCGAGAUGGUGGUCCAGUACAUCUCAGCCACUGCCAAAUCUAUAACUGGGAGCAAAGUUGCGGGUGGACUAAGGAACAGCAAGCAUGAGUGUACACUUUCAUCCCAAGAAUAUGUCCAUGAGCUGCGUUCUGGCAUCACGGAAGAAAAGUUGCUCAAUUGCCUGGAGUCCCUCAGAGUGUCUCUCACCAGUAACCCUGUCAGUUGGGUUAAUAACUUUGGUCAUGAGGGUCUUGGACUUCUUCUGGAUGCUUUGGAGAGGCUGCUGGACAAGAAACAGCAAGAGAAUAUUGAUAAACGGAACCAGCAUAAACUUAUCCAAUGCUUGAAGGCUUUCAUGAACAAUAAGUAUGGACUGCAAAGGAUCUUGGGAGAUGAGCGGAGCCUGUUGCUGCUGGCACGAGCGAUUGACCCCAAACAAACCAACAUGAUGACAGAGAUUGUCAAAAUUCUCUCUGCCUUCUGUAUUAUUGGAGAGGAAAACAUCCUGGAUAAGAUUCUCGCUGCCAUGACAAUUGCUGCAGAGAGGAACAAUAAAGAGAGAUUUGCUUCAAUUGUGGAAGGACUGGAGAACCACGAAGCCCAGCAACUCCAGGUUGCUUGCAUGCAGCUGAUCAAUGCUUUGGUCACGUCCCCUGAUGACCUCGACUUCCGGAUACAUCUGCGCAAUGAGUUCUUGAGAUGUGGCCUCAAGAAGAUCCUGCCGGAGCUAAAAGAGACAGAGGAGCUGGACAUCCAGCUCAAGGUUUUCAAUGAGAACAAGGAGGAGGACUCUAUCGAACUCUCCCACCGUCUGGACGACAUCCGUGCUGAGAUGGAUGAUAUGAAUGAAGUGUACCAUCUCCUGUCCAAUAUGGUGAAAGACACGGGCUCAGAGACAUACUUCCUGUCAAUCCUUCAACACCUAUUGCUCAUCAGGAAUGACUAUUAUAUCAGGCCUCAAUAUUACAAGGUAAUCGAAGAGUGCGUGUCUCAGGUGGUCCUGCAUCGCAAUGGGAUGGACCCUGACUUUGGCUACAGUAAAAGAUUGGACGUGGACUUCACCCAUCUGAUUGAUCAGUGUGUGGAUAAAGCCAAAGUUGACGAGAGUGAGCAGAAGGCUGCGGAGUACUCCAAAAAGUUUGAUGAGGAGUUCGGUGCACGGCAGGAGGCCCAGGCCGAGUCUCAAAAGAAGGAAGAGAGAAUCAAAGAGUUGGAGGGGAAGAUCCAGGCCCUGGAGUCCCAGUUAACUAUUGAAAAAGACAAGCUCAAAGAGGCUCAGAGACUCAUCAGGGAAUCUGAAGCCAAGAUCGCAGCAGGUCCAACUGCACCCGGAGCACCACCUCCACCACCCCUACCAGGGGGUGCAGCAGCUCCACCUCCUCCUCCGCCUCCUCCUCCCCCACCUCCACCUGGGGGCGGUCCUCCUCCGCCUCCACCUCCUCCUCCUCUCCCUGGUCAAGCUUGCAUUCCACCACCGCCUCCACCUCCUCCAGGUGGAGGGCCUCCACCUCCCCCACCACCCCCUGGUUGUGGGCCCCCACCUCCUCCACCUUUUUUUGGGGGCCCAGGUGGGCCUCCACCACCUCCUGCAUUGGCUGUCAUUAAGCUGCCUUAUGGGCUGGAGCCCAAGAAGACCUAUAAGCCUGAAACUGUAAUGAAGAGGGUCAACUGGACCAAGAUAGUGCCUCAGGAAAUGGCAGAGAAUUGCUUCUGGAUCAAAGUCAAAGAAGAGAAGUUUGAGAAUCCUGACCUAUUUGCUCAGCUCUCCCUCUGCUUCUCCUCACAGAGCAAAGUGAAAAAAGACGUGAAAGAUGAGACUGACGACAGAAUGCAACAAUUCAAGAAAAAGGCAAAGGAGCUUCGAAUCUUGGAUGCUAAGACAGCACAGAAUCUUUCAAUUUUCUUGGGCUCGUUCCGCUUGCCUUAUGAAGAGAUCCGGGACAUUGUGCUGGAGGUAGACGAGGCUAGACUGAGCGAAUCACUCAUCCAGAACCUGAUAAAGAACCUGCCAGAGCAGAAAGAGCUGAAUGCGCUUGCGGAACUAAAGGGUGAAUAUGAAGAGCUAGUGGAGUCGGAGCAGUUUGGUAUUGUGAUGAGUUCAGUAAAGCUCCUACGGCCGCGUCUCAACGGCAUUCUGUUCAAGCUAACGUUCGAGGAGCAGGUGAAUAACAUCCGGCCAGAUAUCAUGAAUGUGACAUUCGCCUGUGAGGAGGUGAAGAAGAGUGACAGCUUUAGCAGACUCCUGGAGUUGGUGUUGCUGGUUGGCAACUACAUGAAUGCUGGUUCAAGAAAUGCCCAGACAUUUGGUUUCAACGUCAGCUUCCUCUGCAAGCUGCGAGACACUAAAUCCAUCAGUCAGAAUACAACACUUCUUCAUUUCCUGGCUGAGAAGUGUGAAGAGAGCCACCCAGAGAUGUUGAGGUUUCCAGAUGAACUGGAGCAUGUGGACAAUGCCAGCAAAGUGUCGGCUGAGAUCUUAAAGAGCAGUUUGACUACCAUGGAGCGUCACAUUCAGAGGCUUGAGAGCGACAUCGAGAACUUCCCCAAAACAGAUGACCAGCAAGAUAAGUUUGUGGAAAAGAUGUCAGGCUUCUGCAAGCAUGCCCGGGAGCAGUAUGAAAAACUAUCCACCAUGCAUAAGAACAUGCAGAAGCUGUACGAGAGCAUUGGCAGCUAUUUUGCCUUUGACCCUCACUCGGUCAGUGUGGAGGAUUUCUUUGGAGAACUGGCCAACUUCCGCAUUCUCUUCAUGGAAGCAGUGAAGGAGAACCACAAGAAGAGGGAGAUGGAGGAGAAGAUCAAGAGAGCCAAGCUGGCGAAGGAGAAAGCAGAGCGCGAGAAGCAGGAGCGCCAGCAGAAGAAGAAGCAGCUGAUUGACAUGAACAAAGAGGGAGAUGAAACUGGUGUGAUGGAUAGCCUAAUGGAAGCUCUACAGUCUGGAGCAGCCUUCCGUGAUCGGCGAAAACGGACGCCACGCAACGGUGAUCAAAGCCCUUCCAGUCCAGCCUCCCGGUGGCCGGGUGCUAACUAUGGUAACAGAACCCUAGACAACCGCCGUGCAGUCCUGGAAAGGUCUCGUUCACGCCACAACGCAAAUCACCAAGCUCGAUGAUCGCCCGCGCCUACCACAAGACGCUAGAUAAGUGCCAAAGAGGCCUGCGAGGUGGAGACCAAGAAGACAUCUGAGGAAGGGACAGACUCACUGUGGCAAACACACACAUAAAAGUAUUCAUACAUACACACCACCAAGUACGGAACAAAAAAAGUCUAAAGAAGACACACAGAACUUUAAGAUCUAUAGUACAUCACAUGCAGACAUUUUAAUUUUCAUGCUGUUUGUCAGACGCCUUACAUAUUUAUUAAAUACUCCACACUUUAAACAUUUGUAUCCUCCAUAGAUUGUUUGAUUCAUGAAAUGGAAAAUUUCACAUGCUGCUGCUGCUGUUUGAAAUGAAAGGUUUUCAUUGCUUGAAAAUCCAUUUUGACUCUUACAAGUCCAAGCCUUCUAUUUUAAUAAUUUUUUAAUCAAAAUACUACAGUUCACAUACAGUUUUGACAUGGAACAUGCAGUGUGUUGGCAUGUAUGCUUAUCAUCCAGAAGAACGUACCGCACGAAGUUCAGUCAACACAGGGGCAGCGAGCCAGCUGUCCUUUAAAUGGAAGACAGGGAUUCACCACCCAUGUUGGCAAGAUCUGCAACCUGCUGACGGUGUCUUGAACAAGUCAUUGAACUCGACAGAAGAAGGAGUGGUGGUGUAAAAUGUCCACCCCCUCAUCAAUCCCUCCUUCAGCCAACAUCAAAACAAUUUAUACUUAUAAAUGUACAAAAAGAGUCCACAUUAAUCAUUCCAUUUCAUAUCCCACAAAGCCACAAGAGCUGGCCCCUGUCUACGCUGAGAUUUCAGAGCAUGUGACUCAUGGAUCUUGAAACUGUAAUUUCCAUUUUGACGAGAUGCAUUUUAUUUUUAGUUGUGUAAUAUCUAACCAAUGCCUUUGGGUGCUGAUCUCUGUCCCAAGGUCGCUUUUGCUGUUAACAUGAGAGACUGACACAUUUCUAAAUGCAUUUAACUGCCUAGAGAAGCUAACAUGAACUCUAUGACCUUCCCUGCGGUCACACAGGUUUCCAGUGGGUGAAGCUUGAUUAUACAAAGGUAUUACAGCGUUUUUAAUAUUAAUCUAUUUCAAUCUGUGUAUUUUACUCAGUUCACCCCACUUAGAGUUUUCACAGCAGAUUUUAAAUAUAUUUUUUUCCCAUUGGGUUUUCAAAAAAAUAGCUAAAUAAGCUUUGUAGGAAAACUAAACUGACCAUAUUUAAACAAUUUGUUCAAGAUAAUCUCCACAAAGAAACACGUUUAACUGUUUCAACAUGUGUAAUAAAUAUAAACCCAGCUGUACUGCUUCGGAAUUAACAAUUUGAUAUAUUUAUGGUAUCAUGUAUAUUGUAGAACAAAUGUUUUUAAGCUUACAUGAAACACAGGCAUUAUUUUAAACCCUUUGGGGGAAAAAAAACACCUAAAAUCUAUUAAGGGAAUCCAUGGCUCAGGCACUAAAGAGUUUUAGGAGUACAAACCUUAACACAACUCAAUUAAAGACCCUGUUUCCUGGCGGGAUACUUCAGUCGUUUUCAGUAACAUAUUCCACCUGAUGAAAAUUUUCAGCAUCAAAACAAACAAGUGAUGCUUGGUGUCUGUAUAAAAAAUAGUUGAAACUUUGCUGUAAGCUUUGUUCCCCCUAUAAGGACCCACAGUUUCUUCACGUCAACUAUUUAUUCAUAUAUUCAUGCCUAGGGCAGCAAUGUCCCCUCAUGGCCCUAAACUGUAAGCAGAUACUACUAAAAACAACCACUGAAUCCACACGGAGAAUGGGUACGACCAGAAUAAUCGACUGAGGGGAACGGGAGACAAGAUGAUGCGCGUCUUAGCAAGUGAGUCUCCAGACGCCCUCCAAUUCCCUCGCACUAAUGGCACAAGUGACCCUCUACCAUAACGCAAGUUACUUUAGUAAUACAAUAACUCUGCUUAAGGCUUUGAGUCUGUGUGUUUGUGUCUGGGCAAGUUUGUAAAUGUAUAUGUAUGUGUGUGUGUAUGCACCAUGCCAGCUCAAUAAUCGGAACAGGAACCCAGGCAAAAUAGGAUUCAGUGUUCUUGACUCCUGGGGUGAAAAGAUGGAGAUUUUUCAUUUAAACAAUCUGACAGUGCUGCUUGUGAUGUGUCUGUUUCAUGAUGCCUCCUCUCCCAGCCUGCUUGCUUCUAAAAAUGCAAUUUUACACAUCAUCUCGGCUCAAGGUGCAUCCACAACGCUCAGAGAAGUCUGCAUAUUUAAGAAGACAAUAAUUCUUCUCUGAAUAUAAGGUUCAAGCUGUUGCACAGAGAAAGCGUAGAGAAUGAGGUUUCUGCAUAAGGGAUUCUGCACAGACGGGUGUUUUAAAGAGGUGUUGUACACAGCAGAGAGAUAGAUAUGUGCCGUCAAAGGCAGUUUUGUAAUUGCCCUUUGUCCUCCGCGCCACUACACCUGCACAGCUUAAAGUAUUGAAAAAGACCCAUAUCAGUUCUCUAUCAACAUAAAUGUCUGCUGUGACAUUUGGUGGUUCUUCACCUUAUGAUUGGAUAUUGUACAUUGCAAAACAACCAGUGGCUUGUUUUUAACAAUUACAGUGUCUAUUUCUUUAUAAAUAAUUUGGCUGAAAACAUGUUCUUCAUUGUUUAACCAACUUAGAUUUUUAUUUCCACGUGUGCCAACCUUUAUUUUUGGGGUUUUUUGGGAAAACAACAUAUAAUGAUGGGAAAUCCUUAUUUUGUCUUGGAUAUCAAAGGGAGUACAGGUCUCUCUUUGUGAAACUACAAGAAAGAUUACAGAUAUAAAAACUUGAUUUUUUAUUAUUAUUUAAUUUUAGCCAUCAUUUUAAUAAACAUUGAUCCAAUUAUGAACUGAGUAUGAAAUUUUGAUGUGAUUACAAAAUGAUAGUCAUGUGGUAUUUCUUAUCUAAAACAAUGAAACAUCUUUUGUAAGAUGUAAUUUAUUUGGAGUUUUAAAAAAAAAAAAUACAAAAAAACUUUUGUAAUGACUGCAUUGUUGAGCGUAAUGAGCUAAGAGCUACGGUGUUAGCCAUUGUAGAAGUUCCAGAUCAUGCAUCUUUUCCAAAAAAGUGAUCACUAUGAACCAUUAUUGUUUUCUGAAACGCAACAUAAAACCUAAUGCAAAUAAUGCUUCACAAAAAGUUGGUCUUGUGACAUUUUUUGCCAUUUGAUAGAUGAAAUGGCUGGAAAACAGUGGCUGACAAAUCAUCAGAAUUCAGAUUAUUUUUCUUAUUAAAAGCAGCUACAACGUUGGAAACUUUCAACUUUAAGAGGAACUUCUACAAUGACAACAUUCCUCAUCAGCCGUGUAAGUGGUUGUUGUAUUUCUCCCGUUCCAUCUUUUAGGAUAAUCAGAAGUAUGUGUUUUAUAGAAAUUAGCAGGAGAGUUUCAGAUCAAAGAACCUGAACUGUUCCAUCAUUUUAGUGUGAAAAACAGGCCCGUGUCCGGGCCGAUCAUCCCAUCGUCUUUUUAGCUUGUAACUAACAAAUCGAGGUUAUGACUUGUGCUCAUGGUAAUUGUAAGAAUGAGGAGGCAGGGGUAUGAGAGAUCUAUUAAAAAUUGUAAAGGUGCCAUUCUGGUGGUGAUUGGUGGCAAGCGUUUUAAUUAAAAGAAAAGUUUGCAAUUACAAAUAUCUUACAUUCACUGACUGUGCACUUUACCUCACAAGAUAUUCUGCUCAGGCAGAGGAAGAACUGUUUGAGAUGUUUGAGUAUGACAUUGCCACUAACAGAGUGAACUAUUUGCAAAGUAUUUCUUUUGGUAAAUAGUUCCCAGCUGCCACAUAUCCAGUUCUCUCCUACUUUGUUAGUGCUUACUAUUGAUUUGUGGAAGACCAAUUACGGCUGAAUCAACAAACAACAUUCACAACUGUUGACAAACCCUGUCCGACCAUGAUGUGUAAGCUGCCAUAUCCCUGCCUACCUUCCAUGUUGUCAUUGAGUAUGUUUUAUUGUCUUAAGAAACAUUUAUAUUUGUAACAUUUUAAGUUUAUUUGUAUCCUUAAGAACAUGAAAAAAACAAAAUGGUUAUGCACACUGUCCUUCCAUGGCAUAUGAUACUAAAUAAUAACCCCUUUGUUAUAUAAACUGAUUUCUGAAAGAUA